AGUCUACCAAAGAGCGGCUCGGAGGAAGGAUGCUGUCCCGUGCGCUCUAAGGACAGAUCUAUCCUCCCUCUCCUCUCUCGGUACUGGAUGAGUGUCUCGUUCGCAGGAGAACUUCGCUGCGGAAUUCCCGCUCGGAUGUUAAACGUCACUCGCGUUUGUACCUCACAAAACACUAUAAAACCCAAGGGAAAUAAAUGAACUCUCGCAGAAGAUUUAUCAAAUAGUAUAUAAAGCCAAAUGCAAAGAAAAACAAGCAUCAAAGUGUGUCAGUCAGCUUGCGAUCGGAUCAACCUUGGUUCUUUGAAAGGUCAUCUGUGGUUGAGACAUGACGGACAGUUUUUUUUUAGUGGACUUUAUAUAACAAACGAAAUCCUCCCUGCGAAACUUCAGUCUGAACUUCGGAACUUGACGGUUCUCGAAUUGAAUUAAAAAAAUCAUUCUGUUUUUUUCAACAAACUUCUUAAACUGAAGGUGUGAAGUGAAGUUUAAUAUGAUUUAGUUAGAGCAACAAGAUAUAAAAGUGCGUCAUUCUUAAAAAAAAAAAAAAAAAAAAAAAAAAAAAAAAAAAAAAAACUUCUGUAAGAUCGCUCAUAGUUGUAGAAAAGUAGAAAGUACAGUUAUCAAGAGGAAUGAAAAAUGACACUAAAUGUCAACAUGAAAUUUCACGAGAAACUCGAUUUCUAUGAAGUUUAUUCUUAGAAUUGUCUAGCAACUGUGAUGUGUGUGUGUGUUUUUUUAACAAAAACAUUGUAAAUCCUACAGUCUACUUUUCAAGUGGCAAGUGAGAAUCUUAACUUCUGUUGAAACUUAGGAAAAAUAAACUGAAACUGGAAACAAUUUCACUGAAAAACCUUGGAAAUAAUAUAAUGAUAUGAGUGUUUAAUAACUACCAUAAAAUGGAGAAUAAGGACGUUGAUAAGAGAAAACUGGACACGGAUUACAUGCUCGUGAAGACAUCGCUUGCGAGGAAUAAGCAUGUAUGAGGAAGCAUGAAGUAAGUUAUAUUUAUAAGUGAAUUAAUUGUGAGUUUAGACAUGCUACGAAAUUUAGAACUUAAAAACCAAACAAAGAUAUAGACACGGACAAAAAAAAAAAACCGAUAGAGCUGAAGAAUUUAUGAAAUUUGCAGUUUAAUAGGAGCAAAAAAAAUCUAGCCAUUCAGAGACUGUGCCCAUUGUACCCGAGAAUAAUGGAGUUCCUGCAUAGAUUUCCGUUUCUGAACUUCGGAUAUGCGAGCAACCAUCUCUGCCUGCAAACCAUUAUGCUUUUGUUCGGCGUCUUCUCCACAACGCCUGCUCAUGGAGACUUAAUGGUCAGGAAGCUGCCCGUCGACUCCGGUGGGGUUUACUUCUGGCCGCAUGACCAUCAAAGGGACAGAGGCCUCCAGGCAGCAGCGGCGGCAGCACCAGCACCACCAGCUCCCUAUCUCAUGUCCCAGGGCCCCGGGCGGGCGAUGAACGCCCCCACGGGACCCACGGGGCCCUACUUCCUCACUUCGGGGAUUAAGAGGAACGUCACUACAACCGUUGACCAGACUGCUUAUCUGCAUUGCCACGUGGCUCAGCUGGGAGACGAGGCGCAAGUGUCAUGGAUCAGAAAGCGCGACCUUCACGUGCUCAGCUCGGGAGUCGUCGUAUUCGCUUCGGAUCAGAGAUUCCGGGUGCUGCAUCCCGAGGACUCGGACAGGUGGACGCUGCAAAUCAAAUACGCCCAGAUCCGAGACGCUGGCAUCUACGAGUGUCAGGUCAACACCGAACCGAAGAUCUCCAUGUCGUACUUUCUCAGCGUAGUGGAGGCCCGAGCAACCAUCCUGGGUCCAAAGAUAGUGAAAGCAGGCAGUACAGUUAACCUAACUUGCGUCAUCAAUCAGCCAUCCUCACAGAGCCUCGUGUACUGGUACCACAACCGGGAGAUCUUAGAUUACGAAGGCUCCGUCAGCAUAAACACGAAGGCAGACGGAGAACAGACCACCUCCCGCCUCACAAUCACCAAAGCUACGACGAAGCACUCCGGGAACUACACCUGCUGGCCUACGUUAGCUCAGGCAACGUCGACCAUCGUAAACGUGGUGGAAGAAGGAGAGCAGCCGGCAGCGAUGCAGACGGGAGUCGCCAGCCGCUUGGGCGAGAGCCUGGGCGUGUGCCUCCUGCUGCAGGGCGUCGCGCACCUCCUCUCUCAAGUGUCACUCCGCCGCCUCACAAAUCCCCUGGUCCUGAGAUGAUGAGGAGGAGGAAGAAGGAAGAAGAAGAAGGAAGAAGGAACCUGGUUGCCCUGAGACGCUUGUUUGUCGUUGUCCUCGAAUCCACCCUCCUUAAAUUUCUCGUUCUCUCUCCGCUCUUUCUUUCCCUUUCUUUUCCUUCUAUUUCUUCAUUUUUCAAUCUAUUUUCGUUCCUUUUUUUAAUAAGUGGGGUCUCUUUCUUCCUCUAUUUCUCUUCAGUUCGUCUUACUUCUUCGUAAUGAACUAUUUGUUCAUUUACACAUUUAUUUUCGUUCCUUUUUUUAAUAAGUGGGGUCUCUUUUUUCCCCUAUUUCCCUUCAGUUCGUCUUACUUCUUCGUAAUGAACUAUUUGUUCAUUUAUACCUUUAUUUUCGUUCCUUUUUUUAAUAAGUGGGGUCUCUUUUUUUCCUCUAUUUCCCUUCAGUUCGUCUUACUUCUUCGUAAUGAACGCCAUAUUAUUUUGGAAGCUUCAAGAAUUUCAAGUGGGCUCGUCCCGUAAGAAUAGGUUUCAUCUUCUGGAUUAAUCAUAAUAAUAAUAAUCAUUCCAUCGGCCUUCUUCUAACCUUCUUACUCGACACCCCCUCACCCACACCACCCCAUUCCCCCUCUCCUUACUCCUCUCGUUCAAGCUUAUCAAAAAACCAUCUUUUGUGAUAUUUAUGAAAACCCUCAGUGGCGAAGUUCCAAGAUGGCCGAGUCGCGAGUAUCAUCUUCGUUUUGGAAGAGAAUUGUGAAGUGAUUCGAAGAAAUAUGAACCCAGUGACUCUGGGAAAACUAUAUAGUGCAAACGACUGUGAACGAAUCUCAGAUGGGGGGGCUCUCAGUGUAAAGAGCCUGUGUACUGUGUUAUCUCAUUUCCUUUCAUUUUUUUUUUUUAUUUACAAAGCACCUGAGAGAUAACUUGGUUAUUUGGUGGUGACUGAACUCGAUCAGAAAAACGCGGAACUGUCUCGCCUUUCAGGUGAAAUUUUUCCAUACCAGGUAAGGCAACGUCGCUUGCUGACUGUUUCAUGAAACGCAAUAUAGGAGCCAAUGCAUUCACAGUAGAAUGUCGUUUUAGGUUAGAUGCAUAUCCGAGUGCAACUGUCGUAGAAAAUGACGAACGAAGGUACAAAAUCCGCCGACUAAAACAAGGAGGAUGCAAUUCUACAAUCGGUCACACAUUCAUGUUCAAUGUUUCUUUGUUCAGAAAAAAAUAAAAAAUAAAAAUAUAAACUACACAUGGAGAUACCAAUCCAAGAUAUCUGUUAUAUGAUGGUUGUCAAUGUGUUAAUAUUAAUGAAAACGUUUAAAAAAAUUUAAAAACAUUGCCACGACAGGUUGGUGUCCAGUAAAGCUCUAAAGUGUGUCAGUGUUGACGUGGAAAGAAUAGAAACCAAAACAGACAAACUUUCUUACAAACGUCUCCAGAUCUGAACUCUCGCUGGCAGAGAGAGAGUGAGAGAGAGGCGUUUCCUCUGUCGCAAGGCACACUCCUCAUUAGAUAAGGAAAAAAUCGUCACCAGUAACCACACGGAGAAGUGUCUCGGUAAAACUGCCCCUUAGGUAGGGCGGUAUACGGAAGACAGAGUUCAUUGUAUUGUUCCACUUCAGUGUCUGAUACAGCCAUAUAUUUUCAUGUGUGCUGGAUGUAGUCAUAAAGUGUUUAUAAUAAACGUUUUUUAUGAAA